UAAUUAAAUUUGAAAAUUGUUGAUUUUGAACGAAUAAAUUGAGUUUUCAAUAAACUAUGCAAAUAAUAUAUAUUUUCAUUUUAAUUAUAAGAUUUGCCAAUUAAAUUUAUUCAUCGAUUUCAUUAUAUUGAAAUUUAUGCAAGGUCUUGUAAAAAUAUCACUUUCACAAGCUAAUCAUUUUCCUUUUGAAGUAACAUUUAUCAAGUGAGUGUAGGUUUAUGAAUGGUUUUGAUUGUAAAAGAUGCAUGCUUUACGUUUGCAACUUUAUUAAUCGUAUACUUUUCAUUUUUCUCUAUGACUACUAUUAACAUCAACUUAUAAAUGCAAAUAUGCAAGUACUAUAAAAUCUCUAAAUGAUUCAUUUGAGCAAUUCUUUUCAAAUAAGGGUUGGUUGAAUUAGAAACAAAAAAAAUGUAUGAUUUUUUAAUGGUUCCACUUUAAAAUAUUGAAUUCAAACAUCAAUAUAAGGAAUGGAAUAUCCAUCAAAUUCAAUUCAAAAGGAACAAAAUGUCCAACUUCAGCAAGCAGAAAUUCAAAAAAAUCCCAUGACAAAUCUCGUUGAAGUGCCCCAAAACAAUCAAAGUCCUCUAUUACAAGAAUUAAUCUUGCAAGCAAUUUCGAAAAAUCAUGCAGAUAUGUUCCAAAAUCACCAAAAACAACAAGCAAUUCAAUUGCAACAACGGCAAUUGCAAAAUUUAAUGUCAAAAUCAAUAGAAAGAUGCAAAGAUCGUCAUAACUCCCAACAUCAAUUGGAUUUAUCAAGGAAAAAUUCUCAAACAAAUCCAAUUAAUAUGAAUGAAACUGACAUUCAAAACAUGUUUAAUGUUCCACAAAACAUACAGAAUAGCAAUGACACAAUCCUUGAAAUUACAGAUUUUUCUAUUGAUAGAAAUUAUAGUGCAAACAAUUCACAAGAAAAUGAGAAUUAUGGUAAAUCGAAAUCAUAUCCAACAACUUCCUCACAAAAUACCUCUGAUAGGUUUUUUAAAUCAAAAAGCGCAGUUGAUAAUAAUAAUAAUAAUAAUAAUAAUCAUAAUGAUGAUAUUUACAAUAUGAAUGGAUGUUUAAAUUCUAAAAACAACAACAACAACUACAAUUCUAUGCCUCAUGAUCAAAAUGUAGUUAGUGGCACAAAUAAUCCUCCUAAUGUUUCAUAUCACCUUCAAAGACCAUCUUUUCCAACAAAUGAUAUGAAUAAUUUUAACGAAUCCCUUGAAGUUUUUACACCAAUUAACAAUUCAAACUUUCAUCAACAAAAUAUAUUCAUGCCUAAUUUAAACACUAGUGAUGUAUCCAACACAAUGUCAAAUUUUCAAGAUAUUCCUCAACUAAAACAACAACUAAACUCUAAUCAUGGGUUCCAUAACCAUCAAAUUCUUACGCAUAACAUGUAUAAUGUUACACAAGAUCAAAGAUUAGACCUUAAUCAAAAUCCUAAUCAUGGAUUUUAUAAUCAUCAAAUCCUUACACAUAACAUGCAAAAUGUUACACAAGAACAAAGAUUAGACCUUCAUCAAAAUUUCAAAAGAAGUAACAAUCCUACAUCAAGUUGUCAAAGUGCUUCUCAAGAACAAGAUAUAGUAAGGAAUCUAAGUCCCGAAAGAAUUUGUAAAUGUUCCUACAUUCCUCAAGAAGGGAUCCAUGAACAAAGAAGUUUUUGUACAAGUGUUAGUCCCAACAUGUCUAAUUUACAUGAAAACAAUUCUCAAAGCUAUUUUCAAGAAAACCCUUCUUUCAACUUAAAAAACUUGCAAAAUAUGACAAUUGUUGAGUCUCCAAAUAACCUUCAAGCAAAUUCUCCUACACUCACAAAUUCAUUACAAUGUACUUCAAAUGAAAUCCCAAAUCCUAUUGGAAAAUGUUCUCAAGGUUUGUUACCUAUAGUAAAUAUUAAUUUUUCUCCUAUUUUGUACAAUUCACCUUCAAUUUUGCCAACUACUCCAAAUUGUGAAAGUGAAGCUUAUGAAUUGUGUACUCCAAUGAAUAUAUUAAAUCCUAAGUCCUUUGAAAAUAUUGAUUUUUCUAGUGUUGAUAGUAAAUAUUCUAAUUCGAAUUUGGACCAAAAUGAUAUUAUGCAAAAUUAUAAAACUUGUGGAAGUCAAAUUACAUCAAGUCAACAACAUGAUAAUUUGCAAAUCUCAAAUAAUUCAAUGCCUCAACCAAGUAACUAUAAAAAAAAUAAUAUGAUAGUGCAAACCAAAAUUUUAAAAGAUCAAGGUUGUGAUGUUCUUGAAUAUGAUGUUCGAAAUUCACUUACAAAUAUGCAUGCAAAGAUUCAAAACUUAGAGUUGAGCCAAUCACAAACUUGUCAAAGUUGUUUUCAAAAUGUACAAGUUCCUACAACAAAUGGCCCCAUAUGGAUACAAAAUACAAUUCUAAUUCCAUCGCAAAAGUUUGGUUGCCACAACAUAACUUCUUUGCUUUUGCAACAUCUCAAAACGGACUUAUCGACUUUCAAAUGUGGUCUUGCACAUAUAUAUUCUCAAAGUGCAAAUGCAUCAUUGACCAUUAUUGAAGAUUGUGAUCCAAGAGCUUUUGAAGACUUUGAAAUAUAUUUAGAUAUGUCUGCAUCCAUAAAAAGAACAUCAUCUUCAAGAAACAGAAGGGAAGAUGAAAUUUUGCCGCACAUCAAAACAAAGCUUCUAGGAUGUUCCCUUGUAAUCCCCAUUACGGAUGGAUGUUUGAGUUUAGGAAAAUGGCAAGUAAGAAUUGUACACAAUGGCCAUUUGCUUGUGUGAGCAUCAAUAUCAUGAAGAUGGCCACCAAAUUGUUGUCACUUUGAAUGGAAUUUAAAAUUAAAUAAAAUUAAAUAAAAAAAUAAAACACACAUGUAAAUUGUUCUCCUUUAAAGGUUUAGAGGCAACCAUAAAGUGUGUUAAAUUUUGUUUUUGUUUUUUCUUUUCUAUGUUGUAUACAAUAGAACGCUUUUUCUCACACAUAUAUCAAGCUCAUGGAAUUCACAAUAGUUUUAAAGUUAAAAGUGGAUGAAGAGAACACUUUAAAGUUUUGUUGGAGACUUUUAGGUGGAGCAAGAGAAAGGCUUUGCUCAUAUGAAGCCCAUUUUGGUGGUGGAUGAGGGUAGACAUAUUGGAUGAAAAAUCAACCAAUGGAUGAGAAUUGGUGCAGAUGACCAUGGUCCUUGGAAGGGGGGUUUUAUUUUAUUUUAUUAAUUUAUUUUGCAUUGUAACCUACUACACUUACUGAUAAUAAAUUCAUCUUAUCCUUUA